CACGGCGCUGAGCUGCAGGUGUCCUGUGCUCUUAGAGAGGCAGGCUUAGGAGAAGGUGAUCAAUCUCCAUCCGUCUACAUUUGCAAUCACCUUUUACACCGACGCGCCUCCGAAAGCUUUAGUUUAUUUGGGUUUAUUAUUAUUUUUAGAUCUAUGUAAUACCUGCUUAAUCGGGCUUGAAGCACAGUUCUGAUCAGGUGCGUGAUAUUAUCAUUUAAAAAGAAAAGGUGGGGAAAAAAGCUACCCCUCAGACAGUCCGUGUUUUAAGGAGUGUUUUAAAGGUUGUUUAUUUGUUGGGUUUUUUGAGUUGCUUCUGUUCGCUUUCCUGUUCUCUGCCAUUGGUUGGAUAUUUUUUUUUUGACUGUUGAGCUGUCAAUCUGUGAAAAUAUAUACUCGGCAAGGAAGUUGGAAGAGGAUCUAGCUUUUGGAGGCUUCAGCGCUCAGGCAAGCUGCAUUACCGGGGCGAAUCCCGCGCGAUCUGGGCCGAACCGGGGCGACCCGCGCCUGCCUCUAGCAUGAUGUCAUACCUCAAACAGCCCCCUUACGCCAUGAACGGCCUGGGGCUGAGCGGAGCCGCCAUGGACCUGCUGCAUCCUUCCGUCGGCUAUCCAGCAACGCCACGGAAGCAGCGGAGAGAGAGAACCACUUUCACGCGCUCCCAGCUCGAUGUUCUUGAAGCUCUUUUCGCCAAAACGCGUUACCCUGAUAUAUUCAUGCGCGAGGAGGUGGCCCUAAAAAUCAAUUUACCCGAAUCCAGAGUGCAGGUGUGGUUUAAGAACCGCCGGGCGAAGUGUCGUCAGCAGCAGCAGAGCGGCAGCAGCAGCACAAAAGCUCGGCCUGUGAAGAAAAAAUCUUCUCCCACUAGAGAAAGCACAGGCUCCGAGAGCAGUGGUCAGUUCACACCACCGGCUGUCUCCAGUGCUGGUUCUGCUUCCUCUUCCACAUCUUCCUCUUCCUCGUCCGCGACCAACAACAGCAUGUCUACCUCGAUCGGCACCGUCUCGUCUAUCUGGAGCCCAGCCAUGUCUCCAGGUUCGGCACCUCCUUCCUCGUCUCUCUCUGAAUCCGUUCCACCUUCCAGCGCCUCCUGCAUGCAGCGCUCCAUCUCCGGUUCAGCUUCUUCCACCUCCUCUUCCUCUUACCCCAUGUCCUACAACCAAACGGCGGCGUAUGGCCAAAGCUACCCCACACCAUCUGGAUCUUACUUCAGCGGCGUGGACUGCAGCUCCUACCUGACGCCCAUGCACUCGCACCACCACCCGCACCAGCUGAGCCCCAUGACGGCGUCUUCCAUGCCCACACACCCCCACCAUCACAUCAGCCAAUCUUCAGGCCACCACCACCACCAUCACCACCAUCACCAGGCAUACAGCAGUGCUGGCCUGACCUUCAACUCCUCUGACUGCCUGGAUUACAAGGAGCAAGCGGCCUCCUCUUGGAAGCUCAACUUCAACACUGCGGACUGUUUGGACUACAAAGACCAGACAUCCUGGAGGUUCCAAGUCUUGUGAUCUGGUGGUGGUGUCUUUUAUUUUUUAUUUCUUCUCCCCUCACUUUUUCCCCUUUCAGCUUUUCAAUCACUUCACUCUCACAGUUUUUAAUAGCGUGCUGAGUUUCUAUCUAAAAAAAUAUAUUCAAAAGACGUUAUAAGGACUUAGAGUUAACAAAAUAGAUGUUCAGCUUCAUGUUCCUAAAAAAAAGAAGAUACCAUGCGACCAUGUGGAGGAGGUUUUUCUUCUUCAAAACAAUAAAUUAAUUUUUUUACCUGAAGAAAAUUAAGAAGAUGAUAGCAUCAUUUUUUCCCACCCCAAAUCCCCUCUUCAGCUCUGGAGGUAAAUAAACACUGCAAGAGCCUGAACUCUGUACAGAUUUUUGUUCUUAAACCAGUUAUUUUUAGUCUGCGGAAGAUUUUGUGUGUUUUUAAUCAGCUUGAGCCGAGCUGAAUCCUGUAUAUAGGGUUAUGGGUCCGUUCCAGUGACCACAUUUUAGCUUUGACGGGAUUUAAGAUGGUUUAAUACUUAUUGUCGUCUCCCCCCAUUUAUUUUUUCCUCCCAGAAAUGAAGAAUCGACCGCUGCCGGGACUCGUAUCUGAUGUGCUGAUUAUUUUGGUAACCCUGGAGGGGGAAAAACAAGGUGUUUUUUUAUGGCUUAAUGGAGGAUAAAAUAUAAAAUGUAAAGAAAAAAAUACAAGACAUAAAUUUAGAGUAGGUGAAAUCUGGGUGAACAUUUUGAAUCGGAUUUUUCUGGAUGGUUUUACAAAAUUCGGCAGCACAAAUUGAGGAUGAUGAUGAGGAAGAGGACGUUUUUCCUUCAUCGGUCAAAAACGGAUGUUGGACACAUUUUUCCAAAGCACUUGACGGACCCCCAAUAAACAAACACACACACACACACACACACACACACACACUUGAAGAGAAAAUGUGGACUUUUAAGGAACAUUUCCCCCGAAAAUAUCCAGUGAGAUGUUGAAUGUAUUUCAGGCGCAGGCCAUAAUUACAUUCCUGUCCAUAAUAAUGAUGAAAAUAAUAAAGAACAAUUAACUACCAA